UUAUCAACUCUACCUGUGUUACAGAUAUUUCUUUUUAUUUUCUACUGCAUGAGUUAUACCGUAGAUAAUGAAGAAGGAGGCAUUGCUGGUGGCAAUUGGAUUACUAUCUUGUUUAAUGCAUGUGAACAGAACAAGCGUAAUCUUAUCUAUUCCGGAAAUGGAGAUGAAAUCGAGGUGCGGCUGACAAAUCCACAGUUGGGCCUAGUAAUAUGUGACAUUCAUCCCUCUUUAUCAUCAUUAGCAAAGAAUAAAUGCAAAACGAGAAGCUCAAAAGAAGAAGCUGUUUACCAGCUGGAUGUGUUUUUGGAUGGUCAUGCAAUAAAACAGAAAAAUGAUUACACGUUUAAGUACUCAGCUGUCCAGACGCCUGUUGUUGACAAUGUCAGUCCAUCAGCCGGUGUACCAGGAGGCAUGAUUAAAGUCUCAGGACGGAUCCUCACAGAGCAAACGGAAUGUUAUGACUUCAACUCAGACUGCAUCGAUGGCCCGAUAAUUAUGACAUCAGAACGGGAUGGAUUUUUCACACUUUGUUCAUUGGUUAACAAGGAAACACAGAUGAUCUAUCCCAUAAAAGUUGAACAUGGAUAUGGUACGCUGGAGUGUAAAGUUGAAGGAAAUUAUAUUGGUUCGCAGAACAUCAGCUUUUCCCUGUAUAAGAAAGGGAAGUCUAUUGUGAGCAAAGAUUCCUGGCUUAUAAGUGCAAAGCAAGAACUUUUUCUGUUUCAAACCCACUCAGAAAUAUUGUCAGUGACCCCGAAUUCAGGGAGUAUUGAAGGUGGAACGGAAAUUACCAUCAUUGGCGAUUUUUUUCAGCAACCUGCUCAAGUCAGUAUCGCAGGAGAUCCAUGCAAGAUUAAACAUAUAUCACCAAAAGUCAUAGUUUGUACCAGUGAACAAAGGAGCAGAAGACAAAUGUCACCCUAUCCAGGUAACCGAGGAUUGCUAUUUGAAGUCUGGUACGGGUCCAAGGACAUUACUCUAACAGAUAAAUAUGCUGGUUAUAGAAGCUCGUUGGUUUCCUGUGCUAGUUCUCCUAUGGACACAGACUUGGGACUAGAACAAGAUUUCAGAGCCAGACUCAGUGGGUUUUUUAUGGCUCCAGAAACAAACAACUAUACAUUCUGGAUACAGGCUAACACGGAAGCUGAACUGUACUUCAGCCAAUCAGAAGAUGCAAGAGACAAGGUCAGGAUUGCGUCCAUUCCAUAUGGCAUUUCCACAUGGUCCAAUCACUGGGAACUACAAUGGAAUGAACAAUGGCAACAAAAGUCUUUUAAAUUUGAACUUUUGAAAGGAAACAAAUAUUAUGUUGAAAUGGUACAACAUGGCAAUGCAUUAACAUCAAACAUGAAAAUUGGAGUACAGAUUCACAACACUUGGUUGAAUCCAGAAGUAGUCAACACAUACCAGAGAGAAAAACAUCAAAUCGUGGCUCGUUCAGCACGGCUGCCUGAUAUUCAAAUUCUGACCCUUUCUGGUGCAGGAGAAAUUAGUUUUUGUUGGGGGAAUGCAUCAACUAUUUCCAUACCUGUAAAUGUCACUGCUGGCCAAAUGCAAUCAGUCAUAGAAGACAUGCUGUCCAUACAUUGCAUCACAGAGGGGUCCUUUGCUAUUUUGCUACAUGAGGGUUUUGAAGAAGAAGUACAUAAUACUGGAAUGGAAGGAGAACAAGCUAGAUGGACUGAGCCAUACUGCGGCAGGGCCAGUGCCUUCAUGCCUAAGUAUCUUCUAAAAGCAUUUCAAACCAAAAGUGCAAGAUACAAACUCAAUGAAUAUAACUAUGUGUGCUUUGCAUAUAAAGGAUACAUGUCUGAAUCUCUGGUGAUCUCUGUCUCAUACAACAAAACUUUUCUAAACACAGUGCAGAAGAAUUAUACAUGUCACUGGCACGCCAAUGAAGAAAACCCAGAAAGGUGGAAAUUUGCCUGCAUUGAUCUGUGGAAUUGUUUAAAUGAUUCUGAUUUGCUGGAAGACCUUAGCACGGAGUCCUCUGUAUUUGUGGAUCAAGUUUUGCUUCUAAGUGUGAAGAACAUGGAAGAGACUAAGAGCUGGUUUUAUGUCGAUGACGUCAUUGUAUCAAAUGGAAGCAUUCAUGUUUCUCAAGUUGGUCCACCUCCAGCUCGACCAGGUGGUCAUAUUCUGGAAUCGAUUGUCAUCUCUGGGUCUUACCCAACAUAUAACUUGACUUCAUUGAUUUCCAACUGCGGUACCAGUCUCCCUCUCAUAGAACUUUGUGGUGGUUCUACGGUUGUAGGAUCAGCAGAAGACAAUGAGAUCAAGCAGUUGUUGGCACCUGGAAAUGAAACUAUUGAGUUAAAAGUCCAACGCUUACAAUCAGCAAGUCCACCAAUUAGAGGAACUUUUAUCAUUAAAUUAUUGGAUAGAGCUGUUACAGGCAUUCCUGUGAAGAUCUCACCCUCACAGCUCAAAGAGAUAUUGAUCAGUAAUACUGACAAUUAUACUGCUCAAUAUAUCAAUGCAAGCGACUUCACCAUCACCAAGGAUCUAGACACAUGUCAUCAUAUUAUAUGGACAUUAACCUGGUCUAGUACAGAUGGAGACCUUCCCAACCUCUUCAGUGUGUAUGCAGAGAAUCUUACUGGUGUGGCACCCUCUGUUAGAAUGCGUGUUAUUUACGAUGGAGGUGUUUUUAUAUGGCCAAUUUUUGGAGACAUGCUGGCUACAGCCAACAGUCUUCCUCAGGUCGUUGUUCGUGUAAAUGACAUCCCCGCAAGCUGCUCUGGCAAUUGCUCUUUUCUACAACUUCAAGAAUUCACCCCUAUUGUCACAGACAUCCAGUACAAUGGAGGAGAUGAAUGCUAUGGUAAAGUCACCAUCAGUGGAUCUGAUUUUAGUGAAAACAAAAAAGAUCUGGAUAUACAAAUUAAUCAAACAAGUUGCACAAUUAUUUAUGCAAACAGAACAUCUAUUUUGUGCUGUGUUGAACAAUUGCUAUUACUGGGAGAGCACCGCAUCUUAUUGCAUGUAAAUCCCUUUGGUUUUGCGACCAAUUCUACUGGAAAAUACAUCUACCUUAAUCUGGUCCCUGUGUUGUCUAGAGUUAUUCCUGCUGCAAUCGCAUCAAUUGGAGGACAAAUCGUGGUGUUAAGAGGUAUUGCCUUGAAUGAAGUAACACUGGUAUAUUUUGGAUCCAAAGAAUGCCUUUUACAUUCAAGUAAUUCAACUACAAUUGAAUGCACGGCACCUGCCCAGCAUCACAGCGGUGAGUUGGAGACAAACAUAAAAAUGAAAAUUGGCGAACAGUGGGUCUUAUUCGCAAAGCGCAUCAAGUACGAUCCUGCCUUAAAUCCACUCAUUUUAUUCUUGAGUCCAAAUGUGAGCGGCCCUGCAGGUGACCAUGAACUCUUCAUUAACAUGUCAGCCUUUGACAUUAAUGCAAAUUUGAACAUAAAAGUCACAGUAGAAAGCACAGCUGCCAGAAUAACACGUCUAACCACAAGCGGGAUUGAAGUAAUUAUGCCUGAGCUACCAACCGGUUUGUACAAUGUUAACGUUGCAAUCAAUGGAAUCAGCAUUGCAACCAGUGGGUUUGAGCCAAUCAUUCGGUACGUUUUGAAUACAUUCAUUGUGGAACCAUGCUGCGGUUCUUUCCUCGGUGGAACCAUAAUCACAAUAUUUGGACACGGAUUCAGCUCAAAUAUGUCUUUGAUUUCAGUUACUGUUGGAAAUCAGUCUUGUUUUAUCAUAACCUCUACAAAUGAAGCAAUAACAUGUCAAACUCCACCAUCCACAUCUCUAAACUUAGAUCUAGCAGAAAGUUCUGUUGCUAUAACAGUUUCUAUUUUAAACUACACUGCUGAGUAUAUAAAUUCAGGAUCAUCCAACAAAAGUCACCUUCUAUUCACAUACCAAAAGGAUUUGACCCCAGUAGUCUCAAAUUUAUCCUGUAUUCUAUUGGAUGAAACCCUUUUGGUCUUUGUGUCUGGUUUUCAUUUGACUAACUCAUUGAUUCUGUUUGAAAACUCUCAUAGUAAACUGAUUUAUAAAUUCAACUACAUAGAAAUGGAAAACUCAAGCUUGGAAAUAUCACUAAAUGACUUUGAGGCAGGAAGAUAUCACAUAAUGAUCUACAAUCGGCAAAUGGGUUAUGCAUAUAUCACAUCAGAGGACCCCAUACUCAACCUUGUACCCCUUGUGCAUUCUAUAUUCCCGUUACAGGGAUCGUUGUGCGGUGGGACGAUUCUGACUAUCUCAGGCAUUUUAUUUAAAUCCAUAAACAAUUCAAUUACUGUAAAUCUGUCAGGUAAUUAUACUUGCGAUGUUCAAAACUUUAGUAACAGGGCAAUCGAAUGUACCAUUCAGAGUAAUGUUAUUCAGAAUAUAUCUUCUCCUGUCUAUGUUAAUGUUUCAGUCACCGUGAAUGGAUUCACCGCCAUUUGUCAAAGUGAUUGUAUUUUCCACAUGGUUACAGAACAGACCCCCGUGGUCAAUAGUUGCUUAAUAACACUAGAAGGAAAUUCAAGUAUUUUCCACUUUCUUGGGCACAGGUUGAGUAUGAAUCUUAAUGUACUAUUGGAGAACGGAACGCCAUGCAAGAUAACAUUUAGUAAUGAAACAAUGGCUGAGUGCAAACUUACUUGUGUUCCACCUGGAAAUCAUACACUUAAUAUACUAAAUGUAAUGAAUGAGAAAAAGUGUUUAUCAAAUUUUCCCUUUUACUUUUCCAUUACUCCUUGGGUAACUAACUUGUCUAGGGUUCAUUUUGGCUUCAAUGGAGGAGGCCUCUUAACAAUUCAAGGCUCAGCUUUACUGGGACAAAACUAUAAUUAUGUUUAUAUUGGAAAUAAACGGUGUGUAAAUACAUCCAAUAAUUAUGUAAUAAUCACAUGCAUCGUACCUCCUGGAAAUGGAAUGUUGGAUGUGAUAGUCCAAGUGGAUGAUUUGAACGUUUUGGCUGGAGCUGUACAGUACAGUGAACUUUAUACCCCUGUGGUACAUUCUUUCUUGAAAGAUAACAAUACUUUAACACUGGCAGUAUCAGGAAUUACAUCUUUGGAAAACAUACAGAUAUUCGUGGGAAAUUUGAAGUGUGCCAAUCUAACUGGAAACACAUCAACUGUGCAAUGCUCUUUACCUGAUCUUCCAUCUGGACAAUACAAAGUGAGGUGCUUAGAUGAACAGAGAGGUUGGGCAUCAUCUAACAUAACUUUCACAACUCCCCUUAAAAUUACAGCAUUGAAAUUUAAUAUCGAUGGCGCAGAUAAUUGGAAGCUACAUGUUUAUGGAGAAGGGUUUGAUCCAGGAAAUACCUUAAUUACCAUGUGCGGAACUCCUUGUGAAAUAAAGGAAAAUCUUACUACAAGUGAUAUCUAUUGCACUAACUGGCGGUUAAAUUCCUCUUUGACAUUCCUGUGUGACUUGACAUAUGAUGCUGGAGCACAAUGCUACAAAAGUUCUAAUACAUACAUUCAGUGCGAUGUAACAGUUCAAGUAAGAACAAUGCAAGUAACACAGUCCAUCGGUUAUGUACAUGUUUGUAACCAGAAGAAGUAUAUAUUUCGAUCAGACACUAUCUCAAAAAAGAGUUUCUCUGGACUAUUUAUCAGCCCUAAAGUGGAAAGAGAUGAAGUUCUCAUCUAUAACGGCUCCUGCUACGUUUCCAUGGCAGCAGAGGCAGAGAUAGAGUGCAAGCCUCUUAAUCAGCCAAUUACUACGAAGAUUACUGAGAUACAGAAAAAUUGGGGCCAGAACACUCAGAAUAUAUUUUCUUUGCACUUCUGCAGUCUCUGGUCCAAGAAUUCCAGUUGGCUUUCUGGUGCUCCACCACUAGAUGGGGACAAUGUCACAGUGGAAAUAGGUCGAACACUGAUUCUUGAUACUAACACCAGUUUACUCAACCUUCUACAUAUUAAAGGUGGGAAAUUAAUCAUUUUAGCAUCAGGACCAGUGCAUCUCCACGCGCAUUAUAUUUUAGUGUCACACGGUGGAAUACUUCAAGCCGGAUCACCAACUGAACCACUUACUGAAAAAAUACAAAUAACCCUAUACGGCAGCUCAAGUUCCGCUACAUUAAAUCCAUAUGGGGUUAAAUUUAUAGCAGUUCGAAAUGGAACUCUUUCGCUACAUGGAUGUGUACCAAAGCUAAUGUUCACACAUCUGGCUAAAGAAGCAUUCGCUCAGGGCGCAGAACUGACAUUAGAGGAACCUGUGGAUUGGCACAUUGGGGAUGAAGUUAUCAUUUGUGGAGUAGGUUUUAAAGGCAGCAGCUUGCAAGAAGAGAUUGUUAGAAUCGAGAAAAUCAACAAUGCAAACAUUUCUAUUAGCCCUCCUCUAAGGAAUACCUAUGAAGUCAUAGAACAAUUUGUGGAUGGACAGGUGAUUUUACUGAGGCCUGUUGUAGCACUACUGAGCAGAAAUAUUGUGGUACAAGGAAACCUAACUAAAUCGUAUAUCACUCGCUACCAACUAUGUCUUCAGUCUGGGAUCUCAGAUAUUUCUAAGUGUCUCUACGAUAGAAGUGAAAUGGAAUUAGGAUCUCAGGACCUGGGCUCAGUAAUAAUAAUGCAAGCAUUACAGAGUGAACAAAACCAUUUCCAAAUUUCUGGAGUUCAAUUUCUGAACAUGGGACAAGCAUUCAAGAAACACGUCAGUGCGUUGACUAUUGCUGGAAAUACCCAUGUAUCAGGUUGUUAUGUAAAACGAUGCUCAAUCUUGAACUCUUUUGCAAGGGGUCUCAGUAUAUCUGGAGUUUCUGGCUUUAAAGUGGAGGAAAAUAUAUUUUAUAAUAUAAGAGGUCAUGGUCUUCUUGUUGGAGAAUAUCUAGAGGAAGGUAUUGAGAUCAAACGUAAUCUACUGAUACGAAUACUGGGCACGGAUGCUCUAUCUAAUAUUGAAAUGCUAGCACCUGCUGCUGUGUACAUCAAGGCACCUUCUAACACCAUAGAGGAUAAUAUUGCAUGGAAUGCUGGGUAUGGAUUCUUCUAUCACCUUUCACCUGAUGGCCCCUCCGUGGCACCUCUGCAGUCAUUCAGAAAAAAUACAGCUGUAUCAUGUCUGAGAUAUGGAUUGUGGUUGUACCCAGAUUACCAACCUCCAGAUAAUGAGCCUAAAGCUGUAUUCCAAGGCUUCUCUGCCUGGAGGAGUGGAGGUGGAGCUCAGAUAUCAAGAUGUGGAAAUGUCUGUUUUAAAGAAUUUAAUAUUUUUUCUUGCAAAGAUUUUGGAAUUAAUAUCAUUGAAAGUACAGUAAAUACUGAGAUUUGCGAUAGUUUAUUGCUUGGCCACCUUGAUAAGAAGACUGGUUGUAUGAAUACUGGCAUAAAAACUCCAAAAAGGUUUCAGUCUUUACUCACUAAUAUAACCUUCAUGAACUUUGACCAUGCGAUGUGCAGCGCCAUAGAACCCUGUUCAGGGUGUUCCUUAGGACAAGGAGGCUUCACUGUGACAUCUAAGCAUCUGAAAUUUCUGAAUUCACCUAAACAAGCUCAAUUUCCUUUCCAUCACUCUGCUAUAAUCGAAGACCUGGAUGGUUCAUUCUUCGGAUUGAAAGGGAGCCAUCUGCUGUCUUCUAUGAGUAUUCUUCCAAACUCAUGUUCAGAAUAUUUGAACAUCAGUGGAGCUGUACUUGGCAGUAUUUGUGGAGAAGAGGUCAUAUUUCAUCGCAUGUCUAUAGGCCUGGAAAGAGCCCCUGGUACCAGCUAUAACGUGAUUAUAAAUAAUAGCAUGAAUAAAACCAUGACUUUAAACUAUGUUGAAGAUACAUUGUCAAAUGAGUAUGGCUGGAUGGCAUUGCUCGUGGAUAAAGAGACUUAUACAAUUGCAUUCAACUCUACUGAAAUGAGUAGCACUUUGCAAUACUCGGCUACAUUUGACAAUUUCAGAAUUGGGAAUUACAUUUUGGUGGAACACAAGGAUUUGCCAAACUUUGAAAACAUCAACAUAACUUGUGGCUCACAGAUUGGUCGACCAUUUCUGUCCCUCAACUUAUCAGGGGAGAGCAGACCUUGUGAUUGGUCUUUUGACAGCGGCCUCAGAACAUUGACCUACUUGGUCGCCGGUGAAAAUCAAGUACGAGUGACGCUCACAGCAGGAGGAGGCACGGUCACGCCAACAGCAGUGCCAAGUGCUCGACCUCAUCCAGUUUUAAAGUGGUCCUUUCCAGCAUCUUGGGAAGGGGUUGGAAAAGGUUGGGGAGGAUAUAAUUCGACCACUCCACAAGCUGGAAAUGAUGUCAUCAUAUUACCAAACAGGACUAUUGUGGUGGAUAUAUCCCUUCCAUCGUUAAGAAGUCUUUAUGUUCUUGGAACCUUGGAAUUUCCUCCACAUUCCAGCAAUGUCCUGAAUGUUUCCUGUAUUCUAAUAGCAGGAGGGGAACUGAGAGUCGGCACAGCCCAACGCCCUCUUGCACGAGAUCAGAAAUUGCAGAUCCUUCUCCGUUCAUCUGAAGAAAUUCACUGUGAUCGCCUCGACGGACUUAAUAUAUCCUCAGGAGUAAUAGGAGUUUUUGGAACACUGCAGAUUUAUAGUGCAUAUCCAAGCAAAACCUGGACACAUCUUGAAACUGAUGUUUCGUCUGGAAAUCAAAUGAUUGUACUGACUGAGUCCGUAGAUUGGAAAACUGGAGAUCAUAUUGUUAUUAGUUCUUCAUCCUAUGAAGCUCAUCAUGCUGAAUUUGUACAAAUACGUGAAGUAUAUGGCAACGUCUUCAAAAUUGGAUCAAGUCUACGCUACAGACAUACUGGUGGUAUCCACAGCAAUGAAGAAAUCUGGAGGUUCCAACAAUCAGCCGAGGUUGGACUCUUGUCUCGCAAUGUACAGAUUACAGCUGAUGUCGCAUGUGUCGGCAGAAUUGUUGUUGGAGAAUUCAAAGUUGACAAUGAAAAAAAGUAUUUAGGUACUCUGCAAGUUUCGAAUGUUGAAAUUUCUAACUUUGGUUCCUCAUUGUAUUCAUCUAUAAAUUUUUUAAACACAUCCCUUCCAUCUUCUCUGUUGUCAGUGAGCAUUCAUCAUAGUUGUGGAGGUGGAAUCAGGGCACUCAAUGGCAGGGAUAUUGUGCUACGUGGCAAUGUGAUCUUCAAUACUGUUGGACAUGGAAUUCAACUUGAGGGCCAAAACCACAACCUGACCAAUAACCUCCUUGUUUUAAUUAAGCAACCAGAUCUGCAGCGGGAAUGGGUAACUGCAAUAAAGAUGAAUCUUGUCAAUGGCUUUUUUCUAUCUGGAAAUGCAGUAGCUGGUUCAGAACGUAUAGGUUUUCAUGUCAAAGGACAACUGUGUUCUCUCGAUGAUCGACUUUCAUAUGUAAAUGUUGCCCACUCCAGUCUUCAUGGUCUUCAUUUUUACUGGGGUGAUGGAUUUCAGAACUGUACUAAAAUAGCAGGAUAUGUAGCAUACAAAAAUUAUGACUAUGGCCUUAUUUUUCAUCUGGAAAGCAGUGUAAUCAUAGAAAAUAUAAUUCUUAUGGACAAUGUCAUUGGCAUCUUACCUGUCAUCUCCCAGGUAUCAUCAGAAUACAAUAGGAAAUAUAUAUCUAUUCAGAAAUCUGUAAUAGUUGCAACAAGUCCUGGGUUUGACUGUAGAAUGGACAGGAUCAAACCUUUGUCUGCUGACGCAACUGCAAGAGACAGAGCACCAAGAUCCCCCCUUAGGGGGCGUGUUGGCAUUCUAUGGCCCACAUUUACUGCAAAACCCCAGUAUUGGCCGAGUUACACGUGGCACAUGCUGGGAAUAUAUGGUGCUGUGCCUGGAUUAAUGAAAUUGCAAGAUGUGACUUUUACUGGUUUUAUGAAGAGCUGUUACAGUGAUGAUGUUGAUGUAUGUUUUAUGUCCAAUCCUCAAAACAUUGGAAUAAUGUCUCCAAUUACAACAGAACGAACCUCAGUACAGAAUAUGAAAUCUGAAAACAUGUUUUACUUUCAUUCAACAAAUAGAGAUCCGGAGUGUCCGUUAAGUAUGGAAUGUUACGGCUUAGGAAGGGUUCUGUUUAAGGAUUUGGACGGCGUGUCUCUGAGUCUUCUUCCUCCACCAGUUACAGUGUUUCCAAAAUCAGAUCUUUCAAUUUUGCUACCCUGUCUCAACUCAGGUGUUUACAAGAAGAACAAUCUGUGCAGCUACAAACCUGAAAUAAAAGGACAUGUCUGUCAACAGAUUGACCAUGCUGUUGUAGUCCUGGAAAACAUUGGGGAUAACUAUGAACAAUUAGCCCCAGUGAUAUCAGUAACAGAAAAUUUUGUUGACGUGUUCUCCAAUGGCAACAUUCCCGAAGGUGGCUGCUGUACUAAGAACAUGCAUUCAUCCUUUUAUGCUGUAUUACCAGCUAAUAAAAUCACAAAAGUAUGUUUUAGUGGUCCAACGCCACAAAAUAUGAGACUUCAACUCAAUGGAGGACAAAACACAACCAAACUCAUAUUAGCAUUGUUUUAUGAUACCCCACAAACCGUCUCCAUUUUAUCCAAGGGGAGAUUAACUUUUUCAGUUUCAUAUGAUGCACAGCCUGAUUUUUUCAAUGAGAACCAAGGAAAAUUUUUCUUCAAUUUCAAGGAAAACUUACUUUAUGUCCUUCUUCAGGGUGACGAGCCAGUGGUAAUUUCAACCAAUCCAUCUCUCCAUUUAGCCUUGUAUGUGACAAAUGGAACCAGCAUGAAAAUCGGUAAAGAAUUCCCCAAAAAUCUUGCAGAAUUUUUGGGAAUUGGUAAUACUCAGGUCACUAUCCUACAGACAUUACAAGGGGACAUGAAGACAUUAAGGGCUAUGACAGAUAAUCAUGUUAAAAGAAAACUACAAUGUCCACCCAUCUCAGACUUUAAGGUCAAUAAAAAAAAAAUCAGAGUCAGACGGAACUCUGGAACAAUUGUUAACAUAGACAGUCUUUCAAAAAACAAGCAGAACAACUUGGAAGUAAUCCUUAUAGAAAUAAGUAAUCCCCCGAUACUAAACACAAAUGGUGGUUCAUUUUUAACGUACGACAAACUUUACAGUAUAGAAAACCGUAUUAUCAGUGGCCUGCAGACAGGAGAACUAGAGGGAAAAUUACAUAUGCACAUUGAUUCUUUAAUGAUUAUGGAUCCGGUUCAAUCCAAACAUGGAAGCAGAUCAAGGAACAGCAGUGAAUUGGAAUAUGAUAUCAAUGUCUAUGUGCGCCCACAAAGUAUCCGUGUGGAUGUCCAACCUAUGGGAGGGGUUGUUGGCAAACCCCUGGCUGUUCAGCCAAAAGUCACAGUUUUGGAUGAAAAGGGAAAUCGAGUUGAGAAUUUGGGAUAUCCCUUAAAUCACUGGCAAUUAUCAGUUUUUCUCAAAGAUUCUUCAAGUACAUCUCUAAAAGGGAACACAACUGUGGUAAUAAAAGAUGGAUGGGGACAUUUUUCUAACUUGGCUAUCUCAAGUUCUGGGUCAAACUGGUGCUUGAUUUUUAACGUCACAUCACCUCCAGGGGUCAUGUUCACAGCACAAUCUGAAGAAUUUAAAGUUUUACUGGUACCUGCAAGAGACAAAGAAAACAUCUUCAUGUUAGUUGUGCUAAGUUCUGCUGCCUCAGCGACUGCUUUGUUCUUACUCUUUUGUUGCUUCUUCAAACGCAAGAAAGUUUAUAGAUUGAAAAAUGGCAAAACAAAUAAACGAUGAAGAUACAUAUAAGACAACAUUGAAAAUUUGAAGAGAAUUAGUAUUUUAUGUACAUGUGAAGUUUGAACCCGCUAUGGAAGAAAUUAGAAAAUUUAAUUUUCAGCAUUCAAGUUCAAAAAUAUUAGACUGAUGAAAAACAGACACUUAUAUAACUUGUAUUUCUAUAUAAAUAUGGAACACUGACGUAAUUGUUUUUAACUGAAAGGUUCUCAAUCAAUAUAUGUUUGAUGUUGAUUGUUGCAUUGUUCUAACUGAAAUUAAUAAAUACAAUAAUAUAAUUACAUUUAAACUUUUUAGGGGAUUCAGUUAAUGUGUGCUAUCACUUAAGUGAAGGAUUGUAUAAUAAUGCCUAGA